ACUGCUGCUAUCAGUCAUUCCUCCUCCCCUCCUCCUCCCGUUCUCCUCUUCUCUCACUCAGUUGAUGCCCCUAGUUUGCAUAAUCUUAGAACAUAAAACUGAUAAAGUUUUCCUGAUUCUGUCCCAGACACUGGAGUGAUCAUGGAUCCACGGUCUGAGGGAUCCGACCCCCGGUCCGAGGGAACUGACUACGUUCCCAACAGUAUUCCCUAUGUUCCGGAGCACAGGUCUGAGCUGUGUGUGUCAGAGGCUCACAGCCAGCAGCUACUGGGCAUGCUCAGAUCGUUCAGAGAGCGAGGCCUACUGUUUGACUUCACUAUAACAGUCCAGGACCAGACCUUCCCCUGUCACCGCUGUGUCCUGGCAGCCUGCAGCGACUUCUUCAGGGCCAUGUUUGAGUUGGACAUGCGUGAGUGUGGUGAUAGGAUGGUAACCCUGGGUAACCAGUCCCCAGAAGCCGUGCGCUGCUUCCUGGACUUCUGUUACUCUGGAGAGAUGGUCGUCACCCACGAAAACGUAGACAUGCUCUUCCAGCUCGCCUCUUUCCUACAGGUGUCUGUGCUCUUCAGAGCAUGCAGUGACUUCCUGAUAGGAACCCUGGAGCUCUCCAACUGCCUGAUGCUAUUGGCCCUCGCCGAGGGAUAUGGCUCCGCUUCCCUCCUCCAGCAGGCCAAUGAGUUUGUAGUUCAGAACUUCCACAACCUCUCAACGACUACAGACUUCCUGGAUAUGCCGUUGGGCGUGCUCGAGUUAUGUCUGGGUUCGGACAGUCUGAGCGUGCCCAGUGAGGAGGUGGCGGUGAGGUCAUCCCUGAGGUGGACAAGUCACGACCUCCAGACCAGACAGAGGCUGUUGCCACGGCUCCUAGCACUGCUACGGCUACAUCACGUACCCACACACACCCUGCAGGCCCUGGCCCGGACUGAGAAUCUCCUCUCAGGGGACCAACUCUGUGUUAGUCUGGUCAGUGAUGCAGUGAGUAGACAGACACAGCUCAGUGGUCUACUGCCAGACGCCAGACCAGCCACCACACAGUCUUACAUCUACAUCCACAAGACAGAGGAGAACGGAGAUAUACACCACAGCUUCUGUUACUGCCUGGACACAGACCAAUGGAGAGAGCUACCUCAGGGCCAGGGGGCGGGUUUUAGUAUGACCCCUGACCCCUCAGGCUCUUCCCUCACCAGCUAUGCCGAGAAGUUGUUUGUGACAGGUGGUUGUCGUGGCAACUGUUGUCGCACGGUGCGUCUUCACGUGGCAGAGCCAUUCCAUGAGGCGACAGCGGAGGUUUGGUGCUACUGCCCAGUCACACACACCUGCACCCCUGCCCCGGACAUGGGGAAACCCCGUACCAUGCACACAGCCAUCACCACCCUGGACAGACUGUAUGUGCUAGGAGGGAGGACCAGAGGAGAAAGGGAGGGGACUCCUAGCCUAAUGGAGGUGGAGUACUACGACCCCCUGGCCAAAACCUGGACCUCCGUCAGCCCUCUGCCCACUGCUAUCUACUACCCAGAAGCCAGUGCGUGCGGCAGCAUCAUCUACACAUUGGGUUCGUCAGUGGAGAUAUCGGACUCCUUCAACCCUUCGCUGGACUGUUUCCUGCGCUACGAUGCUGUUUCUGACCAGUGGAGCCACAUGGUGGCAGAGUUUGGUCAGUUUUUCCACGCCACCCUGGUCAAGGCUGUGUCCGUCAACAACAUUUUACACCUCUGUGACUUGUCUACGUAUAAGGUGUACAGUUUCUGUCCAGAGACGUGUGUAUGGCAAGGGGAGGGGUCGUUCGAGUGUGCCGGGUUCAACGCAGGCUCCGUGGGCGUGGCCAACCGAAUCUACAUCCUGGGAGGAGACUACUCACCUGAUGAAAUCACUGACGAAGUCCAAGUGUACCACAGUGGGCGGGGCCAGUGGGAGGAAGUGACACCAAUGCCAUGCCCCCUGACAGAGUUUCACUGUCAGGUCAUCAGCUUCAACAGAUACAGAGACCCCUGGGGAGGAAGGGACAUGUAACACACACACACUACCUGGGGACUAAAAGCUGCACUCCGCAUCAAUGAAAUAAAUGAUGUUUUGUCAUACUUCAAGUAUUUAUUAGUUUUAUUACAUUUUAUGUUAUAUAUUUAUUUAUAAACUGGGUGGUCGAGCCCUGAAUGCUGAUUGUCUGACAGCCAUGGUAUAUCAGACCGUAUACCACGGGUAUGACAAAACAUGUAUUUUUUACUGCUCUAAUUACAUUGGUAACCAGUUUUUAAUAGCAAUAAGGCACCUCAGGGGUUUGUGGUAUAUGGCCAAUAUACCAUGGCUAAGGGCUGUAUCUCCAAGUUGCGUCGUGCCUAAGAACAGCCCUUAGCCAUUGUAAAUUGGCCAUAUACCACAACCCCUCGUGCCUUAUCAAAUUAAAUUAAAUGUUAUUGGUUACAUACACAUAUUUAGCAGAUGUUAUUGUGGGUGUAGCGAAAUACUUGUGUUCCUAGCUCCAGCAGUGCAGUAUUAUCUAACAAUUCACAACAAUACAUACAAGUCUAAAAGUAAAAGAAUGGAAUUAAGAAAUAUAUAAUUUGGACAAGCAAUGUCUUUGUGGCAUUGACUAAAAUACAGUAGAAUAGAAUACAGUAUAUACAUAUGAAAUGAGUAAAGCAGUAUGUAAACAUUAUUAAAGUGACUAGUGUUACAUUAUUAAAGUGACCAGUGAUUCCAUGUCUAUGUAUAAUAGGGCAGCAGCCUCUGAGGUGCAGGGUUGAGUAACUGGGUGUUAGACGGCUAGUGAUGGCUAUUUAACAGUCUGAUGGCCUUGAGAUAGAAGCUGUUUUUCAGUCUCUCGGUCCCAGCUUUGAUGUACCUGUACUGACCUUGCCUUCUGGAUGGUAGCGGGGUGAACAGGCAAUGGCUCGGGUGGUUGAUGUCCUUGAUGAUCUUUUUGGCCUUCCUGUGACAUUGGGUUGGGUGCUGUAGGUGUCCUGGAGGGCAGGCAGUGUGCCCCCUGAUGAUGUGUUGGGCAGACCACACCACCCUCUGGAGAGCCUUGCGGUUGCGCGCAGUGCAGUUGCCAUGCCAGGCGGUGAUACAGCCCGAGAGGAUGCUCUCAAUUGUGCAUCUGUAGAAGUUUGUGAGGGUCUUAGGGUCCAAACCAAAUUGCUUCAGCCUCCUGAGGUUGAAGAGGCGCUGUUGUGCCUUCUUCACUACACUGUCUGUGUGGGUGGACCAUUUCAGAUUGUCAGUGAUGUGUACGCAGAGGAACUUGAAGCUUUUCACUGUCAUCCACUGUGGUCCCGUCGAAGUGAAACGGGGCGUGCUCCCUCUGCUGUUUCCUGCUUAAUUGAAACAUUUUCGAUUUCCAAUAAUGCUAUUUGGGUUCAAAGCUACAGUAGAGGUUUCUGAGUCUACUGGACCACAGACUUAUCUUUGUUGUUUCUGGACAUGUCUGAUUACCUGACUAAGGCUGUUGCAGCUGAUAUGUCAUCUAUUGUGGUGCAGGAUCUAUUAAAGAACUUUGUAAUUGCAUUUUUCUGUGUGCAGGUUUUCAGUGUAACUGGACUGGGCCUGCCUUUACUAUUUUAAAGUGAGACAGUGAGAGGCCACUGUCCCAGGUAACAAGUGUUACAACACCCUCUACUGGUAGACUAUGGAAUGUUUUUGUGCCAGUGUAGGCUUGUCUAGCCAAACACCACGUUGUAAUGUUGAAAUAUUUGUAAACACUUGAGCAGAGGGCUAACCAUUUGACACAAACAUAAUUGAAUUAUGAUUCUACAUAGCUCACAUUGUUGACUUUCUCAAAGCCAAAAACAAGGAGCUUCAAAACAGUUCAAAUUGAAUGAGGGCACCUGUGCUCCAUGAUCUAUUGCCGAGUUUUCGCGGGAGAUAUUAUAAGGUAUUCUACUGUUCGGUGUCGUAGGCUACUAGAUGACGGACGGAUUCAACCAUCUGACUGGAUAGGGGUGUUCCACAAUAGGAUACGCUGUAUGUUGUACGUUUUGUUCUUAGAUGUGUCAUGCAAAUGUUUUAUAGUAUUAUAAUAUUGUGCUACAAUUAGGCAUAUUUCGUAUACUCCAAUUGUUAAUUUAGAUAGUAUUCCUUCACCCCAUCAACGAAACGGGGGUUGCUGUCCUCUUUUGAGUUAAGCGUUCCUGUCCUGCUCCGGGGAGUGAUGUCA